AUGUCAAAACAAUUCCAACCAAUAAGCGACGUGAUAAAUACAACUCCCAAACACAAGCAACAAUCAUUCAAUGAAAUAUAUGGAGAACCAGAAAAUUUUCUAGAAGUAGAAGUUAAAAAUCCAAUAACUCAUGGAUAUGGAAAUAAUUUAUACACUGAUUACGAAAUUAUAUGUAAAACAAAUAUACCUGCUUUUAAAAAAAGGUAUUCAAAAAUUCGAAGAAGGUAUAGUGAUUUCAUUGCAUUUAAAAAAAUUUUAGAACAAGAAACUUCAAGAGUUAUAAUACCUUCAUUACCUGGUAAAAUUUUAUUAAAUAGUAAUAAAUUUAAUGAAUUAAAUAUUGAAAAAAGAAGACAAGGUUUAGAAAAAUUUUUAAUUGUUGUUAGUGGUCAUCCACUUUUACAAACUGGUAGUAAAUCAUUAAUUGAAUUUAUACAAAAUGAAAAAUGGGAUCCUAAACAAAUGGUUUAUUAG